AUGAAUGAGGAGGAGCUGGACAAAUAUGAGUCAAGGGUCGAGGAACUUCGAUUACCGGCCUCAGUACACUUUGAACUGGCCAAGUACAGAAUUCCUAAACUGGAUACACAGGAAGAUCUAUUGGUAUUCCAACCUCGAGUGGAACGUUCAAGACGCGAACCAAUGUUGUUAUUGGAGAACGGAACAAAUGCUAAAGAAAGUUUGGAGGGAAGCGAAGAACAACAAUCUUCAAAGCGUGCAAGGAUUGAUAAAGACGGCCUUUUAGCUGAAGCUGUACUCACUUACGCUGUAAGUGAUGGUGAAGAAUCGGACUUGCUUACCACGUACGCGCAAGCAAUGGUUAGUGACGAAGCAGAUCAUUGGCGACAAGCGAAUUACAAUCGCAUCGCCAGAACAGAAAGUGGACAUGGACACUCGUUGGUCGUACGAUUGGAUGCCGCUGGGUCUUUGCUAAGAAGCACGAUCAGAAUGGAUGUAUUGUGCUUUACAAAGCACGAUCGGUGGCUAAAGGGUUUGAGCAAAAAUACGGCGUGGAUUUUUUCGAGACUUACUCUCCAGUGGCCAACAUGGACUCAAUUCGAUUUGUACUCGCAAUGUGUCGUAUUAGGCUACAAAAUUGAGCAGCUGGACGUUGAUAGCGCUUUUCUCAACAGUGUGCUGUCGGAUCGUGUCUACAUGGAGGUUUCGAUUGGUGUUAAGGGAGGUCAAGGAUUUGCGUGUCAGCUGAACAAAGCUAUAUAUGGACUCAAUCAAGCUGCAAGUGCUUGGAACAAGACGAUCGACCGCGUUUUCAAGAAGAACGAUUUUAAAAGUUGUGGAGCGGAUCAAUGCGUCUGCGUGAAGAAAGUGAAAGAAGGUUCUGUGUACGUAUGUCUAUACGUCGAUGAUAUUAUCAUUGCAGCCAGGACGAGCAACGACAUUCUAGAGGUCAAGGAGAUGCUGACCAGUGUUUUCAAGAUGAAGGAUCUCAAUAUGGCGAAGUUCAUCUUGGGCAUGGAGAUCGACCACGAAAGAAUGAUCGAACGGACACGGUACAACAGCGACGUGGCUGAGCGAUUUGGACAGAAAAACGCCAAGGACGUCGGCAAUCCGUGUACGUCCGGUCUCAAGCUGUCAAUGUCACAGUCACCAAGUACAGAAGCUAAGCGUUCAAAGAUGCGGUCAGGACCAAACCGCUUGCUGUUUGGAUGUCUGCUAUAG